UAGAGAUGUGUCCUUAACCCUGCCCUCGGUCUGUCUUUCAGGGGAAAGGUGGCAGUAAUGCUGACGCUUGCGAGCAAACUGAAGCGGGAUGACGGUCUCAAAGGGUCCCGGACGUCAGCCACGGCCUCCGACUCCACUCGGAGGGUGUCUGUGAGAGACAGGCUGCUUGUUAAAGAGGUUGCAGAGCUUGAGGCUAAUUUACCGUGUACGUGUAAAGUGCAUUUUCCUGAUCCAAACAAGCUCCACUGCUUUCAGCUAACUGUAACCCCAGAUGAGGGUUACUACCAGGGUGGAAAAUUUCAGUUUGAAACUGAAGUUCCUGAUGCGUACAACAUGGUGCCUCCCAGAGUGAAAUGCCUGACCAGGAUCUGGCACCCCAACAUCACAGAGACGGGCGACAUAUGUCUAAGUUUACUGAGAGAACAUUCGAUCGACGGCACCGGCUGGGCUCCCACAAGGACGUUAAAGGAUGUUGUUUGGGGAUUAAACUCUUUGUUUACUGAUCUUUUGAAUUUUGAUGAUCCGCUGAAUAUUGAGGCUGCAGAACAUCACCUGCGGGACAAGGAGGACUUCCGGAAUAAAGUGGAAGAUUACAUUAAGCGUUAUGCCAGAUGAUAGGAGGAGGAGACGGUGGGGCUGUGGACUGUGUGUUGUAGGCUUGUCCCCAACCGCAACCAAAAGGGAGCCUCCUCCCCAGCCCUCGCGCUCCCUCAGACCCCCGGGUCGUCCGCAUCCUGUGACCACGCUGUCCCGAGGAAGAGCCUCUGCACGACCGCCCAUUGUAGAUGGAGAGUCCCACAUAAAUACAGCAGGAACAUGUGUCUGGGGUCCUAAAGAGUUGUCUGCUUACCUUAACAUGUUUACUUUUUGGAAACUGUACUGUAUAGGCUGUGGAUGAGAUUCCUGAGCAGUUGUCAUGAACUCAGAGUUGAGGCUAGCGCUUGCUUUGUCCCCCUUUUCCCAAGCCCUUCCCCGCACACGUGAUGCUGGUGAUGUGCUCGGUGUAGCUCGCAGGUGGGCGGUAAGAAGCCCGCUACACACUGUGAUUGGAUGCAGAUUCUCUCAGCUCCUUCCCGCCGACGUUGGUCCUGCCUACAUGUCAUGAAGCUUCCCAGAAUGCAUAGUCAUUCACUGUAGAUCUCUUACUGAAAUGCGUAUUUUAUUUAAUGUAAGUCUAUUUUGGAACAGAUUUGUAAUUUGUACAAUUUAAUGCUUUAAUUAUUUUUUUCUAUCUUCAUUUAGUUUGUAUUUUCAUUGUAUAGAGCAGACAGGAAGAUGCUGGGGAGAAAUACAAAGAAAAUAUGAAAGACA